AGGAAUCCUCAGACCUCUGUUGUUCUCUCAGGAUUUUCCCUCUUGGCGGAUGGUUUUCACACCCGAUUUAUAAUACAUUCCUCCUGUGUGCAGAGAAUAAGACGAGCCUGUAAUAAAGCCAAUGGCAUGUUUAUUGAUCAUUUGUGACUAUUGAUCCCCAAUGCUCAGCCAUGGAAGACUCCAUGUCCUAUCAGCUGGCUGGGUGGUGUCAGGGGCUCUAACACUCCUUAGUCAUGCAGAUGUAACAAUAAAGACAAUAAUGAGCUCUUACACUUACUAAUUGUUUAACUUGGCUGGCUUCUGGAUUGCUGUGAGCUGGCUGGGAAACUUUCCCCCCUAUGAAGGGUUAAUAGAGGCCUGAGCCUUGAAGGAUCCUUCCUCUCCUCCCAGCACCCUUUUCCGGGGGAACUCAGCCUGUGGGCGGGGCUCCCAUCACCCACACCCCCUCCCUUCUUUAUGAUAAAGGGAAGGGUGGUUGACAAGCUGCAUGGUGACGUCACCCGGCAGGGGGGCGUGGCCUGUGCCUUCCCCAAGCCUUCAGCCUUUGCCUGCUCUGCCUGUAACAAAACCCAGAGCCCCAGAUCCAGGCUAAUGGAGGCUGAGUAGACAGCAGAGCCCCUUCCAUCGUUUAUCAUCGGCCCCCCCUCCCUCACCUCACCAUUUAUUGAUCCUUUUCUGAUGAUGUUACCAAGUCCAGUCACUUCCACACCUUUCUCUGUCAAAGACAUCCUCAACCGGGGGCCCCAGUGCCAGCAGCAGCAGCCCAGGGGGCCCCACCAGGAGCUAGAGGAUGGGGACUUCCACCAGGCUUCGUGUAUGCUGGACAAACUCUCCUACCUGAACUCUAUUGGGGCCCCUGAGGGCCACGGCGGCGAGGUGACCAUCACCCCCGACACCUAUGUGCACAAGGAAGAAGAGGAGGACGAGGAUGACGAGCCGAUGGGAGACCCGAGCAACAAGGCCUGCUACUUGAGCAAGUCGCCCCCCCACCCGGAGGAAAAGUCGGAGGAGUCGGAGAGACCCAAGCAGAGGAGUCGGAGGAAGCCCCGGGUGCUCUUCUCCCAGGCUCAGGUCUUUGAGUUGGAGAGAAGGUUCAAGCAGCAGAGGUACCUGUCUGCCCCAGAGAGGGAACACCUGGCCAACAGCCUGAAGCUCACCUCCACCCAGGUGAAGAUCUGGUUCCAGAACAGGAGAUACAAGUGUAAGAGGCAGAGGCAGGACAAGUCCCUGGAGAUGGGCCCCCACCACCCACCCCCACCCCCGAGGAGGGUGGCAGUGCCAGUGCUGGUCCGGGAUGGGAAGCCUUGCAUUGCUGGCAGUCAGGGCUAUAACAAUGCCUACAAUGUAAGUGCCAGUCCUUACACCUACAACAGCUACCCGGCCUACAGCUACAACAACAGCCCUUCCUACAACACCAACUACAGCUGCAGCUACUCCGGCAUCCCCCCCAUCCAGCACAACCCAGGGACCAACCCCUUUGUCGGCAUGGGCAACCUCAGCCAGCUGGGCAAUGCCACACAAGGCCAGAACCACACGGGGCCCUCAGUGCCCACCUGCCAGGGGACUUUACAAGGGAUCCGAGCCUGGUAGGACUGGAGCAGGGACUUCUCUACUGGACACACAGACCUCCAGGAUCUGGGGGUGCUCUAUGACCCAGGGAAGCUUUAUGACCCAGGGGGGCUUUAUGGCCCAGGGGGGCUCCAUGACAAGGGGGGUUCAUGGCCCAGGGGGGCUCCCUGACCCAGGGAGACUCCAUGACCCAGAGGGGCUUCUUGACCCAGGGGGGUUCCAUGGCCCAGGGGGGGCUCCCUGACCCAGGGAGACUCCAUGACCCAGAGGGGCUUCUUGACCCAGGGAGGUUCUAUGACCCAGGUUGGGCUCCAUGGACCAGUCAUCAGAUAUUGUGACACAAGGUAUUAUUAUUAUCAAUAUUACAAACUGGCUGAUGACAUGCGCACUGGUAGAAACCCCAAACUACACCAACCACGUGAUCACCAGCCCUUUAAAAGGAUGCCUUAACCCCUUAACCCCAUGCGGAUGGGGCAGAUGACAGCAAGCUUGAUCUAUGGGAUACAUUGUGUGACACAGACAAUGGACGGUGCUGGCUGUCAGUGUAUGGCAGCUCUGUGUCUAUCUAUAGCACUCUACAGCUGGACUACAAAUCCCAGCAAGCCUGUACCCCAACACAGCCAGACAGGCAAUGGACAUGAGAUAAGUAUUGGAAACAUAUCGAUCUAUGAUCAGCACAUUUCACAGUCAAAGUUUAUGAUGUCAAAAAUUGUAUAAGAUUGAGAUCCAGAUGGAUCUACCCUCUUCCAUAUUACCCUGGACCCCCUGACUUCUAGAUGUAGCCACCCUCUUUAAUAUUACCCUGGGGCCCCUGAAUUCUAGAUAGACACACUCUCUUCCAUAUUACUCGUGGGCCCCUGAGUUCUAGAUGGAUCCAUCCUCUUCCAUAUUACCCUGGGGCCCAUGAGGUCUAGAUGGAUUUACCCUCUUCCAUUGUACCCUGUGACCCAUGAGUUAUGGAUAGAUCCUUCCUCCUCCAUAUUACCCUGGGGCCCCUGAAUUCUAGAUAGAUCCACUCUCUUCAUAUUACUCUUGGGUCCAGAAUUCUAGAUAGAUCCACUCUCUUCCAUAUUACCCUGGGGCCCCUGAGUUCUAGAUGUAUCCAUCCUCUUCCAUAUGAUCCUGGGGCCCCUGAGGUCUAAGUAAAUUCACCCUCUUCCAUUAUACCCUGUAGCCCCUGUGUUAUGGAUGGAUCCAUCCUCUUCCAUAUUACCCUGGGUCCCCUGAGUUCUAGAUAGAUCCACCCUUUUCCAUUGUACCCUGUGGCCCCUGAGUUAUGGAUGCAUCCAUCCUCUUCCAUGUUACUCUGGGGCCCCUGGAUCCAUUCUCUUCCAUAUUACCCCAGGGCUCCUGAGUUCUAGACAGAUCCACCCUUUUCCAUUGUACCCUGUGGCCCCCGAGUUAUGGAUGCAUCCACCCUCUUUCAUUUUACUCUGGGGCCCCUGGAUCCAUUCUCUUCCAUAUUACCCCAGGGCCCCUGAGUUCUAGACAGAUCCAUCCUCUUCCAUAUUUCCCUGGGGCCCCUAAGUUCUAGAUGGAUUCACCCUCUUCCAUAUUACCCUGGAGCCCCUGAAUUCUAAAUAUAUCCACCCUCUUCCAUUGUAUCCUGUGGCCCCUGAGUUACUGAUGCAUCCACACUCUUCCAUAUUACCCUGGGGCCCCUGAAUUCUAAAUAUAUCCACCCUCUUCCAUUGUACCCUGUGACCCCUGAGUUAUUGAUGCAUCCGCACUCUUCCAUAUUACCCUGGGGCCCCUGAGUUCUAGAUAGAUCCACCCUCUUCCAUUGUACCCUGUGGCCCCUAAAUUAUAGAUGGAUCCACCCUCUUCCAUAUGGGGCUCCUGAGUUCUAGAUAGACCCACCCUCUUCCAUAUUACUCUGGGGCCCCUGAGUUCUAGAUAGAUCCAUCAUCUUCCACCAUACCUUGGGGCCCCUGAGUUCAUGAUAGAUCCACCCUCCUCCAUAUUACCCCGUGGCCCCCAGAGGCAGGAAAAAAAUGGUCACACAGUCAGAUAUCAAUCAGUUAAAUCAACGUGUAUGCAGUGUGUUGGGGGGGGGGGGGUUGUGAUUCCAAUAAUUAUUUGAUGGAAGUUAAUUGGGGUAAGUUUGUAUUUUCUGGGGGUGGGGCAUUUAAUUGGCAUUUUGGUGCAUUUCCAUGUUUUGUAUUAAUGGCAAAUAUGCACCAACAUGUAUAUCAAUACACGUAAAUAGAUAUAAAAAAAAAUCAACCCCCCCCCCCCUGUCUAAUUGUAUGUAUAUGGUUCAUGGAUUGUUUAUUAUCUGGAUGAUAUAAAUCUGACCAGUGUGACCACUUAAAGAGCCCCCCCCCCCAUCUGUACACUUCCUGGAAUAGCAAUAUAGCAAUAAUCAUUUCUGCCCUAAUAUUGGAAUUUCUGCCCCCUCCCCCCCCCUUCAAUCCUUGUAUAUGAGAACCGUAUUUAUCAGUGUAUAAGCGCCCUGCUAGCUUAUUACUGCUGUUAUACAGUAUUUCCUCUGUAAUGUCUCUAUCAUAAAAUGGAACAAAACACUCUCUGUACAAUACAGAUCUUUAAUCUAUUAUUGGAUUUGUACAUAGCACUUUCUACCUUUUUAUUAUAGGAAAAUCAAUCAUUCUCUGUAAAAAAAAAAAAAAAAGGAAAGUACACAGGUCAAUGCACUACAACUGAAUAAAACCCAAAAGUGCAAUAUCA